UGAGCAAGAACCUCCAAAUUCAAUGCUACUUUUACAUAAUAUUGCUGAUAAUGAAGAAGGAUGGAUUCAGGUAGUGAAUUCAAUGAUAAAUGUAAUCCCUCUCAAGGAUCCAUUAGGUCCAUCUGUUAUUACUCUCCUACUUGAUGACUGUCCAUUGCCGUCCAAGGAGUCAGUUCAUAAGGUAGUUGAUAUGUUACAUCUCUCUAAAGAAGAGGCAAUCUCAGGAAGAUCAAAUUCUCCAAGGCAAAGAAACAUUUGUGUUGUACUUGGUUGCAUUGCAGAAAAGUUAGCCGGACCAAGGAAUAUGGAAAUAUUGAAUAAUAGUAUAAUAGAUUAUUUAUUAACUAAUUUGGACCAACAAACAGAUCCAAAUGUUAUAUUAUUUUCUUUGAUAGCAUUGGAGAAAUUUGCUCAAACCAGUAUCAACAAAGUACGCAUAAUGGAAAAGCUUAAAAAUUUCGAAACGUGUCCUAUAUCAGAUUUGGAAAGUUGGAAGGAAUCGAGUCAUUAUGUCAAAAGGCAAGUCGGAUUUUGUGUGCAAUGGAUGCUUGAUAAUCUAUUUAUAAUGAACAAUCGUAAAUAUAGUUACCAAACCAUCAAAAUGGACAAUAUUAAUGCAAUGUUAAAUACUAGCGAUGUAAGUGAAUAUUUAAAGAUAUCUCCUGAUGGACUAGAAGCUAGAUGUGAUGCCUACUCCUUUGAAAGCGUGAGAUGUACAGCUCAAGCCGAUAAGGGAGUUUGGUAUUAUGAAGUAUGUAUUAUAACUCCAGGGGUCAUGCAGAUCGGAUGGGCAACAAAGAAUAGCAAUUUUUUGAACCAUGAGGGCUACGGUAUAGGUGAUGAUAGGUACUCUUUAGCUUAUGACGGUUGUCGAAAGUUGAUUUGGUACAAUGCAAAAUCAGAUCCUCAAAGUUUACCCAAGUGGGAGUCUGGAGAUAUCCUUGGUUGCCUUCUUGAUCUUGAUAAUCAACAAAUAAUAUUUUCUGUAAAUGGAGUUUGCUUACCUUCAUGUAUGCAUGUGUUCACUAUGGCAAAGUCAGGAUUCUUCGCCGCAGCAAGCUUUAUGUCAUUCCAGCAGUGUCGCUUCAAUUUUGGUGCUCAACCAUUCAAAUAUCCACCAACGAUGGCCUAUUCCACAUUCAAUGAAUAUGGUUCACUUAGACCCGAGGACAAGAUUGUCUUGCCCAGACACAUUUUAUUGAACCAACUCAGAGAGCAGAAUAUAGGCGAAGAUAGCUGCACUCUGUGCUAUGACCAAAAAGCUUCAAUUCGGCUUCUUCCUUGUGAACAUUC